AUGAAGUACACUGCUGCCCUCCUCGCCCUGGUUGCCACCGUCGCGGCGGCACCAGCGGAAGUCGAGUCUCGCAACGGCGGCGGCGGCGGCGACUGCAACAACAACGGAGGCACCCAGGUAUGCUGCAACGGCGUGCUCGACUGCCUUGUGCAGGUGGUUGGGGACUCGUGCUCGAACCAGGCCUACUGUUGCCAGACGGACGCUCCUGCGGGAACGCUUCUCAACGUUGCUCUUCUCAACUGCGUCCAGCUUUGA